GUGAUUCUGCCUCCUAGCUCCCUAUUCCCGUGAGCACGAGUGAUUCUGUUCUGUACUCCAGUCAGUGACCAGUGAUCAGUGAUCAGGAUCAGUGAUCAGAUAGAUAUUCCGCCAUUUAAUUCUCGACGUGUAUGUUGUUCUGUGCCUCCUGCUAGCUCGCCGCUUCAGGGCAGUCUGCGAUGCCUGUUCGAGCAUUCGAACUCCUCCCCAGAAAAAUCCCGAGCCCUUGUCGCUCUCGGUCUUCUUUCACUGUUCAAAUUUCCCGAACGACGUCGCCAGGGUUCCUUCCAAAUACCCUCCGACGCGACUAUUCCGUGCGCCUCUAAUUCCCCUCCCUUCGCCUCGACGCGUGUCGCUUUUGAGACGUCUCGGACAAGCCGCUUUGUCAGAUGGCCAGCGUGGCAGCGGCGAUCAACAGGGCGUCGUCGUCGAAAGUCGACGCGGCGCUCUGGUGGUCCCCACACGGCGCCUUGCUGGCGAGACUCGAGGCGAUUGACAGCGGGGAAACGGACAGCGCUGCUGGUGAUGAUGGUGGUGGGGAUGGAGGUCGCGACUUGCCGGUCACGAGACGCCAUAGGCGCUGCUCGCCUGGAAGUGGAGUAGGAGCAACAGCAGGCGCAGAGCAAGUGACUAUCCCUGUGGUGGGACGGCUGAGGGAAGCUGCUGUGGCUGCAAGCGCUGUGCUAGGCUUGGACGAAAUGCAGGCGUACUUUCUGGUGGAUAGGGCGGCAGGAGGGGAGAGGGCAGUGGUGGGGGAAGCAGAGGGGAGGGCGAGGGGAAGGGAGCAGGGCUCGGAGUGGAGAAGAGGGGGAGGUUGGAGGGGAAGGCAGCGCAGCAGAGAUUGGUGCAGGAGGUAUGCUGCGGCAUUGUAUCGAGAGGAGAGGCAGAAUCUGCUCAAGUGCGUACGGCUGCUGCUAGUGAUGCAAGCUGACGCCUCCUCCCCCCACGCUUCUGCCAUUGAGGGGGAGGUGAGAGCGCUGCUGGACGAGGGUCUCCUGUCAAACGCCAUGGCUCAGCUCAGAGCGCUCCCACGAUUUGAACCGCCCAAGGCGCUGGAUCGUGCAGGGGUGGCAGAGUGGGCCGAGGCAUCCUCGUUAGAAGCCUGCUUGCUACUAGACAUUCUCAUCCUUAUCGCCUCAAGUAAUGGCUGCAGCGCCGCUGUCGUCCUCGAUAUAGUCACACUCGUCCAGGAGCUUUUCUUCGGCUUCCCUCCAUCUGCACCGCUUUCCCCAGCUCCAUACUCCAUUUCUCCAUCCUCCUCCUCCUCUUCCUCCUCCUCCUCUGCGUCUCUCGCCUCCCUAGCCAUCAGUGCUGCGUCUGAGUCACUCCUUUCCACCGCACUGCACCGCGCUGUGCUCCUGCUGAUUGCAGCGGUCAACGUGGAAGGGGCGGUUGUGGCUCUGGCGCAAGGAGAGAAGUUCAGCGCGUCCUCUCACCCGCUCUCUUCCCCCUCUGCUCUGACUGACGUGGAUCAGCGUCUCUCCGCCUGGCUCUCAUGCAUCCUCUCUGCUGCGGCUGCUAGGGGUGGCGGGGCGGGUGAGGGGGGCGGGAGAGAAGCGGGUGGAGGGGGAAUGGGGAUGAUGGCGGAGGAGGGACUCGAGGAGGAGCUGGGUGGAGGAGGGGAGAUAGGCUUGGCUGGCGUCAUGCCUGUGGUUGGGACUGGGAGCAGUGCUGCUGCAGGAGCAGGGUUGGACGUGUCCCCUGUGCUGCUCGCCUGGGGUCUCUUCCGCUUGCUGCUGCAGUGGCUGCCAGAUUCCUCGCAGCUACCGUCGCCUGCACUGAACCCGUCUGUCUGCGUGCAAGCAGCCUACUCAGCGGGUGCUCUGGAUAGGAUCCUCUCCUCCCUCCUCUCCUCCUCACUCCCCUCCCACCCCUCCAACGACCCUGUGAUGCAGGGGGUGGUGAAGAGAUGCGUCAAGGGAGUUACCACAGCCUACCUCACAGCGUUUGAUAUUUCCGAUCAGAGAGGCACUCGGCUAUAUGCCCUCCUUCUGGAGAUCAUCUGCCGUACCUUCUCAGAGCAGGAGUCCCUGUGCACUGACUUCUGGGAUGCCUCCGCUUCCCCCUCUGACGCUCCCAUCCGCUCUCUGCUCGCUGCCACCCGAAGGGACUUUCCCGCCCGCCCCCUCCCCCUCCUGCGCCUCCUCUCAGCUCUCUCCCAUGGCGCCUGGCCCGCCCAAUGCACCUUUGAGUUUCUCGAGAGCACCAUGGGAGCGGCUCUGCUGCUGCCCCUGCCGCCCGCCUACGCCGCCCUCUCCUCCUUCUCCGCGCCCCAAGCCCUUCCCGUGCCGCGCUCUGGGGGGCUGCUGGUGCCCGCAGGGACACGGGGGGAGGUGGUGGAGGGGGGAGCCGGGGAAGGAGAUGGACCGGCUGUCGUGCAUUUUGAGGUCCCCCUGAGCGCACUGCUGAUCCUUUUCUUCCGCCUCGUUCACCUCGCACAGCAGCAGGAUGCGUCCUCUGCCACGUGGCAGACUGCCAUUGGCAGUGCUGAUGUCAGCACCAGCGCAGGGCUGGGAGGAGAGGAAGCGGCGGAGGAGCUGGCAGUGGGGCUGUCGCUGCUGUCGCACAUCCUGACAGCCAAUCAGGCGUGUGUGAGGGCGCUCCUCCAUCUCCACUCCUCGCCACUUGUUGCAGCUGCAACGGCCAAUGGGCUGCUGCCACAUGGCAUGACAGUGGACCCCACUGCGCUUAUCACAGCAAUACUGGACGGUCUCCUAUCCUCUCCUGCUCUCUCCUCCGCCUCCUCCUCCUCCUCCUCCCCCUUCCCCCCCAUCGCCCACACACCAUCUGCAGCAGCUACUCUGACUGCUGCUGCCUGCUGCCUCCGCAUGCUUGCUGCCUUUGCUCUCCUCCAUCCUGUCCGUGUUGCCGCUGCUCUCUCCUCCUCCGUCUUCUCGCCUUCGCCCCUCUCCUCAGACCAUCAAUCGCCCACCCUUUGCCUCCAAUCAGGGCAUGCCACGAGUCCUCUCCAUGUGCUGUGUUCUCAUUUAGAGCAACCCCAGGGACGCUUCCCCUUCACUCUUGCAGCCCUAGACCUGGCAGCAGCUCUGGUCAAGCGGGGAGUGACGGGAGGGCCGGUGCCGGAUCUGCUGAGCUUCGCAGUGAUGGAUGUGAUGCCGGGGUAUGGGGGCUGGCGCAUGGCGGAUGGCAGGGAGAGGUGGCACAUGGCUGAGAAGCUCGCCCUCCUCCUCUCCCUCACUCUCUCCCUCGCGCCCUGGGCCUCCUCCUCUCUCUCUCGCUCCAGAAACGCCCUUCUUGAGGGCGACAGGGGGGUUGGUGACUGGGAGGAGGAGGGGGAGGAGGAUGAGGGGGAGGAAGUGCGUGGGGAGCACAUGGAAGGCGAGGAAUGGCAGGAGAGUGGGGCGUAUAAGAGAAGCAGAGUCGCAGCCGGAAUGUGGAGCAGCAGCAGCAGCAGCAGUAGCAGCGGUGGCAGCAGCGGCGGUGGCAAUGGGUUCAGCUACUCCCUCUCCUCCUCCUCGCCCCCCUCGCCCUCCUCUGCCUCUGCGCUAGCUGCCAGGGUGCUCCACCUGCUUCUCUCAGACGCCCGCAUAUCCACCGCACUGCUGGCGCCCCUGCAGUCGGCCCUGCUUGUGCUGCCAGGGAGGGGCGCUCAGGGGGGGUCAGAGGAGUCGGCCCUUCAACGCACUCUUUCUCUGCUCACCCUCUGCAUUCGCCUCAAGCCCUUCAGCCAAGCAACUGCAAACUCUCCGCUCUCGCCCUUGGAGUCGCUCCUCCUCUCCUCCUCUGCCCGCCUCCCGCCUCAUCUCAUGCCGUUCACCCCAUCAGCAUCAUCGCUAGAACCCGCAGCAAGUGCAGGCGCUGCUUUACCAGCAGGAGAGGCGGUGGGGUGUGAUUCGGUUCCUCUGGUGACGGCGCUUGCUGCCCUGACAGGCUCCAGCCACUCACAGGACCUACGCCGCGUCUCUCUCACCUUCCAGCGCACUCUCUGUGCCAUCAUCCUGCGCAUCAGACCGCACCUCCUCAUCCUCUCCUCCUUCUUCUCCCAACCUGGCGUCAAACCCAUUCUUCACAGCCUUCAGAUCUCUGUGGAUCGCAUCCUGGCCAUUGAACUGGAUCGCAUCACUGCGUCCGCACCGUCGAAAUCAUCCCCUUCGCCAUCACCCUCAUCCUCGUCUGGGCUCUUUGUUCCGAUGCUUCAGCUGCUGAUUCAAACCGCACACUCUCAACCCGAUUAUCUUUACCAGCUUCUUCUUGCCGACCCCCCCGCUGCAAGCACCAGCAGCAGCAGCAGCAGCAGUGCGGACAAAUCGCCCCCAGCAGCAUCAGCAGCACCAGCUGGCAGCGCAAGUAAGGCGGGUGCGCUGGGGGCUCAAGGCACUGCCAACAUGGGCAGGCUUCUGGCACUCGUCUCUGCAGGACCUUCCCUCAUUUCCUCCCAUCCCAUGCAGGUGACGCUCCUCCUGCGCCUCCUCUGCUCCAUCUGGCACUCCCCCUCUCCUCCCCUCCUCCCUCUCAUCCUCCACCUUCGCUCCAACCCUUCCCUCUGGACCUUCCUCUCCUCCAUCCUCCACUCUUCCCCCUCCUCCUCUCUCUACUCCCCCUCCUCCUCCUCCCUCUCGUCGCCAUCCUCUGCUGACGUCGAAUAUUCCCCUGCUGAGCUGGCGCGAGCUGGCUGGCGCUGGCGCUGCCAUGCAGCCGCCCUGCGCCUCGUCUCUCUCGACCUCUUCCUCGAGAAGAAGCUUCCAGGAAGCUGCUCAGUAAAAAGAGCAGGGGAGGCAGGAGCAGCACCAGUGGCAGGGGCACGGAAAAUACUGCUUGAGAAGAUACCUGGAAGUCUGGGGGUUGGGAGUGGGGGAGGGAGGAAGGGGGGAGAGGGAAUGGGGUUGGUGGGUGAGCUAGUGGGAGUGGUGGAGAGCGGCGGGAGGCAGUGGGGGGAGAUGUGGCAGGCGUGGAGCAGUGGACAGCUGGCAUGCAAGCUGCUGGCGGCUCUGCUCAUGUGGCGGGUGUCGGUUGGUGACGUGGAGGGGAUGAGCCUGCGGUUACUGGAGCAGAUCAAUGCCCUCUCCUUCCAGUUCUUCUCACACCCACUCAUGCCCCAGUUGCAGCAUCAGCUCACCUCUCAGUCCCACGAACAAUCCCCCUCUCGAGCAAAUCAGUUUGCCUUACAAUCGAAUCACUUCUCCCCUCACCACGACCCCAACUCCUCUGUCUGGAAACCUGCUCUGCUCGCCAGCCUCUGCUCCUCCCUCUCCUCUCAACUCCCCUCCUCUCUCUCCUCCCUCCUCCCUUGCACCUCAAUCUCCUCACUCUCAUCGCCUUCCUCGCUCUCCUUCCCUCUCUCCUCCUCCUCUCUCGCCUUGGCGGAACGCUGCCUCGACUCAGUGGAAGCUGCCGAGAAGGUUCUGCAGGCUCUUGCUGACUCAGCAGGAGCGGAGGGAGGGAUAGAGGGAGCGUGGAGAGGGGAGGUGCUGGAGGGGGCGAGAGAGGCGAGAGGACCGAGAGCAGACGUUUUAGGAAAAGGGGAGGGAGAAGGAGCAGCAGCAGGAGGGGAAGCAGGGGGACCAGAAGCAAGGAUAGAGCGAGUGGUGAGUAUAGCUGGCAGCAUGACUACCCUCUUCUUCCCCCACAACCUCCUCACCUCUGCUGGUCUCCAAAGCUGGGGCAGCCACUGCGGCACCAGCAGCAGCAGCAGCGGCGGUGGCGGCGGCGGCGGCGGUGGCAGUAACAGUAAGGCGUGUGUUGCAGUGGUGGCAGCAGCAGUGGAGGCAUGUGCGGUGGCGGAUGGAGUGCUGUGGCAAGCAGGGGGGCUGCUACGAGCAGCAAGAGCAGCGGGGGAGAUGCUGGCAGUCAGCACCAUGGGGGUCUCUGAAGGGGCAGAGUGGUCUCAAGGCAGUAUGGUGGGUAGGGAGGGUGCAUGGGCGUUGCAGAGCGGUGAAGAUGGUUCGGCUGCGGUUGAGGCCUCAUUUCUGGAGAGCACCAUCGGCUCUCUCUCCUCCUCACUCCUCCUCGCCUGCUCAUCCAUCCUCCCCCUCCCGCCCUCAUCGCCCUCCGCCCUUCCUCUCCCCUCGCCAGCCGCCUAUCUCUUCUCCUCCUCCCGCCUCCUCCUCCUCUUGAUUCGCCGCUGGACCGACCACAAGAAGCAGGAAACUGGGGGGAAGCUUCCAGGCCAGAGCCAACGGAUUCAGGAGAGUGAACAGGGGAAGACUGGAAAGUCUCUCAUCGACACUGCUUCUUGUGCCGCGAACCUUGUGAGGAAGCUCAUGGAAGCUUCCCGGAAGCUGAUGGAUGCUGAGCUGUCAGAGCUGGUGGGGCCCUGGCCUGCUGUGUCAACACUUGGCAGCCUCCUAUUGGUCCUGCAGCUGAUCCACGUCAUGCUGACGUCAGAGAAGAGGAGGAGUGAGUCAGCAGACGCUUCCGCCACGCCCGCCACCUUAUCCCUGCUUCAGGACAAAGUAGCUGAUGUCACGGUGGUUCUUUCCGAGAACCUUCCUGUGCUCCUCCAAGCAGCAUCUAUGGGCGCGCAAGCAGACACGCACUCACCUGUAAAAGCACCAGACGCUUCCAGGAACCUUCCGAUGCAAGCGUUAGCAGUGGCGGAGAUGGCCCUUCGGUGCUUCCUUUCCCCGCUCACCUGGCGCCCUCUGGUGUCUGCGCAUCUCGCCCUCCCCUCCCUCCUCUCCGCCACUCUCCAGUACCUCCCUCCCCCCUCUCACUCCUCUCCCCCCUCCCACUCCUCUCACUCCUCUCUCUCCUCCCAGUCCUCACGCUUCUCUCGCUCUGCCUCUGCCCGUGCCGUGCUCAGUCUCUGCCUCACCCUUGCAUCCACGCGCGAGGGCGCAGAUCUCCUCCUGGCCGUUGGAUUCCUGCGCCACGUCAGCGCCAUCACCAACGGCUUGCCACCUCAUGCCCACCUCAGCGUCGCCCCUUUCCAAGAAGCUUCCGCUGCCUUUGGUGGGCUCUAUGCUGCUGACAGACGCAGUGUACAUUUUACCGCAGCAGUGGCAGCGGCAGCGGCAGUAGCAGUGGCAGCAGCGCCAGGGGGGUUGGUAGGGAGGGGAGCAGGGGCAGCAGGGGUAUGGGGAGGGGAGGGUGUGAGUGGGGGAGGGGGGGACAUGGGGCAUGAGGAGGAAAGUGCUUCCGUCUGUGACGCUUGGGAGCUCUGGUCCCUGGCUCUCUCUGUUGCUACCUGCAUGUUUCGGGUCCUCCUCCCUCCUCCUUUGCUUUCCGAUUCCCUCGCCCUCUCUCCCCCCUCGCUUCCUUUCUCACUCUCCUCCUCCCCCGCCUCCUCCUCUCUCUCAUCCACUGCUGCCCGUCUAGCCCUCGACUUCCUCUCCCUCCAACUACCCUCUCUCUUGGCCGCCCUCUCCUCCCCUCUCCAUCCCUCUCGCUCUCUCCCCCUCCUCUCAGACCCCACCCCCUCCUCCUCCCCCCUCUUCCCCAAUCCCUCCUCCCUCCUCUUCUCCCAAUCAACACUAUCAUCCACCCUCCAAACCAGAAAGCGCCAUCAGCUAAUCACAAGCCUUCCCGCCCUCCGCUCCACCAAUCGCGUUCUCUCCCUCAUCUGCCAAACUUCCCAGCUACACCCCUCUCCCUCCCCCUCCUCCUACCGUCCCCACUCCCCGCCUCUCUCCACUGACCUCUCCGCCUCCUGCUCUCUCCUCCUCGCAUUCAUAGCACGAGAGGGGCUGGCUCGACCGGUGGGGGGUGCGAGCAGCAUAGCAUGUCACGUGAGUAGCAGGGAGGAGGCAGCAGCCCACGCAAGGCCGGCCACUGUGGGAUGCCAUAAGGGGUGGUUUGCCGUCACGGCUAGAGGCACCGCCGCUGCUGCUGCUGCUGCUGCUCGCCGUAACCCCUCUAAUACUGCUUCUGCUGCUGCCUGUACUGCUGGUGCUGCUGGUGGCGAUUCUGGUGGUGCUGCCGGUGGUGCUGGUGCUGCUGGUGGUGGUGGUACUGCUAAUGGUGCCUCUCCUACAGGCGCUGGCUCUAGCACCGCUGCAGGUACUGGAACCUCCGGCGCUCACUCUCUGUCUUUAGCACAACCAGCAGCAGCUGCAGGGGGGGCAGGAGGAGCAGCAGCAGCAGGCACAGCCGCUGCAACCGGGUCCUCCCCUGCUGCCCCUGCUCUCUUUCCCCCGUCCCCUACUCUCACUGGCAAGGGUGUCAGCCCCACCGGUCAGCCCGAGGGAAUUAAAUCCGGCACCCUUAAAGUUGCAUCCACCUCCCCAGCCACCCCCCAGUCCCCCCUUACAAGCACGCCUGGUGCCACAGGCACAGGAAUGGUGGGAGGUUCGGGCCUCUGGGGUGGGAAGGGGCAGCAGGGACAGGCUGGGUACGGAGCAGAUUCGGCUGGCCAGAACAAGCCUGGGGAUUCGGCAGCAGGAGGCAAGUUGGGGCUGGGGCUUGGAGACGGGAAGGGGGUAGUGGGCAGCGUCCGUCGUCUGCAUUCAGAGUACACGGAUACUGUAGCAGUUGAAGUGUACUCCCUGGCUCUGCACUCCCUGCACUUCCUCACUGCGCUCCUGCGAAGAUAUUUCCCCUCAGCUGUUGACAUGGCAGGGGGAUGUGCUGACGUGGCAGGGAUGCAGCUGUGGCCGCAGGGGGGAUUGGGAGGAGUGGAGGUGGGAGAGGGAGGGUGGAUGGGGGGAGGAGGAGGAGGAGCGGGGGGGAUGGGAGUUCUGGGCGUGGGGCAGUGGGGGGUAGCAGGAGGGGGGAUGGGAGGGGUGAUGGCGGGAGUGAUUGGGGGGGCAGCAUCAGCGGUGGUGGUCAUGGGGGGUGCUGCCCCUGUGCUGCCCACACCAGAGGUGCUGCACGGUCUAGAGGAUCAAGCCGUGGCAAUUAUUCUCGACAUUCUCUCCUCCCCAGCCGAUCUCCCCCCAUCCACCACCUCCCCGAAACCAACCCCCGCCAACCUACCCUCCCACAACCCCUCCUCUCCUCUUCGCCCCACCACCCUCACCUUUGGUAACCUCUCCGCCUCCUCCCCAUCCUCUCGCUCCUCUCCAUCACUCCCCUCCCCCUCCUCCCCCUUGGCCUCCCCGUCCUCCCUCCCGCGCGCCCGCCUGUCGGUGUGUCGAUUGCUUCUGGGGGUGCUGGUGCGCGCCUUAGCAGUGGAGGUGGCUCUGGUGCGCCUGGUGGGGCCCACCAUGCUGCCGUCUGCCCUGCGGCUGGAUGAUUUCGACGCUGCUGUGCAGCUCAUAGUGCAAGCUGCAGCAAGGGAACCGUCCAUUCAGUCUGACGUCGAGGCAGUGGUGGCACUGGUGGCCACACUCACGCAGCUGUCAUACAACAUGCCUUAAGCCCUAAUGAUCCAUUGAGUAAACCUGGGCCACUGUUCGGCUGUUACUGACUGCAUCCAUGCCAGCUAAGGCUUGAACCCUUGGUUUGCUGGGUUCACAAAUGUUACAUAGUCCUGCCAUGUCUUAGGUCAAGCUUUGCUUAACCAAGCUUUGUGUACAGGGCUACAAGGGGGGAUAACACUGGAGGAAGAAUCAGUGAGGUCACUUGAGACACCAUCUGAUAUGGACACCCCGACAGCAGUUUUGCACAUGGAUGGUCACGGCUAAAAAUACGUGCUCAGCAGGAUUUGAACCUGCGCGGGCAGAGCCCAACAGAUUUCUAGUCUGUCCCGAUAACCACUCCGGCAUGAGCACACAUUUGUCCUGCGGCAUAAACACCCCUCUGUGAU